AUGGUAUCACUUCAGGUGCAAGGCUUCGGCCACUUUUGUGGCGGAUCUAUACUCAACAACAGAUGGAUACUGACGGCCGCCCACUGUUUGCAUCCAGAGUUGAAUUCCUUAGUGGAGGAGGCGUCGGACGUACAGCUAGUGAUGGGAACCAUUGACUCUGACCGGCACGACAUCCACAAACCUAAUGCCACCUAUAAAGGCGAGAAAUUGCUACUUUCCAAGUGCUUUAUGGUCGAUAGCGAUAAUUUUGGCACAAUUUGUUUGCCGCCCAAAGACGCCAAACCAGUUAAUGAUGCCGUGAUUAUGGCCGAUUGGGAUUAUCCUGACCCGGAUGUCGCUAAGAUGGCAGUAAUGUUGCGAAGAGUUGACACGAAAAUAGUAUCCGAAGACUUGUGUCAAAUGUAUGAUUACUUCCGUAACGUUGGACUCCACGGAAAAGUUUCCGGAAAACGGUUUUGUGUUAUGAAUGACGGCUCAAUCGGUUGUCGAGGCGACUCGGGCAGUCCACUCAUACAAGUAGUAAAUGGAAAGACAAUCGGAUAUAUCGAUUGGAUUACAAAUGCCAUUAAGGAGUACGACAAUAGCAGCACAUCUGACAAACACAUUUAUAUCCCA